AUGUCCAAAGAUGGCGUCCACGUUGCUAGUAGUUCGGAAGAUAACACUCUGCGGGUAUGGGAUUCGUCCAUCGGCACUCUUCUCGCUCAGUAUGAAACGGAUGAAUCACCUUGCUCCAUUGCAUUCUCAGCUAACGGAUCGCGCAUUAUCGCAUGCACAUAUAGGCAUGUACACGUCUGGAACUGGCCAAGCGGUACCUCCUUGCAAUGGCCCAUUGAUUCCCCAACGUCCGAUGGAUGGGGUAAAAUCCCUAUUGUAGCAUUCAACACUGGUACCCGCUUCGUCGUCUGCCGCAAUCGCGACAUACAAUGGUGGGACUCGGAGAUCGGUCUUCAGCUGAAAACCACGACUCGACAUUCAGAUGAGCUGAUCUCCGUUGCACUUUCACCCGAUGACAGCAAAAUAGUGACCGCAUCUAUGGACUUUACGAUGCAUCUCUCGGAGUCUUACACCGGCAAGCUCUUGAAGCUGUUCGGGGUCGGCCAAAAAGUGGCUGUCUCGUUUUCCCCAAACGGCCAUCAACUAUUCAGUGCAUCGAGGAGUGCUGUACGCAUUUGGGACGUCCAAACAGGUGCCAUGCUUAGGAGAAGGGUAUAUCAUCCUCAACAGGAUCCUCUACUCUACGCGAUAAUAUGGCGGACCCCGGCACCGAUCAGUUUUACUCCUGAUAGAACUCGGCUUGCGAUUAUACCAGGAUACGGCCGUGUAUUUGUCUUCGACACAUCCUCCGGUGCCCGUACCUUUAACAGUGAUAUUGGUGGCGGGAGGUUUAUGGCGGGCGAGAUGAGAACAGUCGUCUUCUCCGUGGAUGGCACUCGUGUCUUUGUUGGCUUAUCAGAUGGGACCAUUCGUAUCUGGGACUUGUCCGUGGAUUAUAAGCCUGACACAGCCACAUCCAAACACGAAUAUCACUGUGACAUUCAAGGUGUAGCAUUCUCCCCCGAUUGCACUCGUAUCUGCACGCGGCUACAGUAUGGAAGACACCUCUAUGUCUGGGGUUUGUCCACUGGUCGCCUCUUGGCCAAACUCAAAGGUCACACCGACGGAGUCACAUCUAUGGACUUCUCGCCCGACAGCACUCAGAUUGUUAGCAUAUCAGAAGACAAGACUAUACGCAUCUGGGACUCAGACAAGGGCCACCAAGUGAAGAAGUUGGAUAUGAGCAGAUCUGCUGCGCCCUUCUGCUCUUCAAUUACUUCUUUUGGAAAUGACCUCCGUCGUCUUGACAUUACUUUCUCGGAGGAUGGCUUCCUUGUUCCAUUGGGAUACAAGGAGUGGCAAAGUCAAAGUCAUUUCUUGGAGUGA